AUGUCCAUCUCUGGACCUCGAUUCGGACUCAUGAAAACAAGUAUCUCCAGAAAACUCAGCUUACACCGUUUCCAAUCGACAACAUCUCCCUCUUCCGACCUGGUACUUGAAUCGGUUGAUUCCCGAUGGCAAGGCUCAGAAUCUCCGGAGCUCCAGUCAUAUUCUUCUACUAGUAAUCCGCUGCAGACUAUCCGUGAUCUCAUCGCCCCUACCAUUAUCAUAACCGAGGCUCCAGAGACAGAGACUUCUAUGGCAUCAGAUAUCCAGUCACCCGGAAACUUGCUUACGAAUAGUCAUGCGGCCGAAGCGGACCAUCUUACAGGAGAUCACCCAAUCUCUGCAUUUUCCGCAAACGAGGACACUGGGAUGCUCGUUUCAACCGACGUCCAGGCGGACUAUCAAUGCAGCUCCAGCCAUGAUACCGAGAUUGCUUUCAGACGCCAAGUAAGGAUACUGUACAAUCAACAUGAAGCUCUUCGAAACAAGGUAGCAUCGCUGGAACAAAUCAUACGCGACUCUUCCAAACGCCUCCAUGAUUGUGCAGCCGCUUCAGCUGUUGUAUUGGAAACGGAAAGAGAGCUCCGCCUCGAGCAAGAAGCCAAGACGCGGAGAGCGGAAGAUCGAGUGCGAUCUCUAUCACGCGAGAACGGGUAUCUGGUACAGGCCAAAAUAAUACUGGAGAAGCAACUCGCCCGCGCGAUCAACGACACACAAGGCUGGCAAGACAAGAUUCGCGCCGCUCAGGACAUGCAGGAGAUGGCAAUGAGGGCAUAUCACCGAUGUGACGCUUUGGAAGAAAAGAAUCUAGAGCUUCAGCAAGCUGUCGAUGCUUUCGCGAGGGGCUCCGAAUCAACAACUAUCCUACAGUUGCAAACCGCCAUUGAGCGACUUACCGCCGAGCUUGAGAUCAACAAGAACCAAAAGGCCGGCAAUGCGCAAUCGAAAUGGAGGACUGCCCGUGAAGCCAGUGAAGAAGGAAGUACUGCCGUACUUGAUGAGAUGCGUGAAAAGACGCGAACAUUACAACGGAUACCCAACAACUCAUUCGUCACCUUUUCGUCGGGCAUGGCUGCUCGCCCAGAAUACGGGGCCUCUGACCCUCAGAAUCCGUUCUCCAACCAUCCAUCUCCUUAUGGCCAACCAUUACGCCAAUACUCCGUCGAUUCCGACCCUAAUGACGCUUAUGCUAGUCGGAAUGCCAGCAGUGUUCCACUGACAAACGCCGCUUACUACGAUGGACAAGCUCAAUCCGCUGUUAGCGUUGAUUCCGUGAAUGAAUACGACCGCCGGUAUACGCCGUCUAUUGGCUCUCAAUUGAGCAUGGGAAAUGAUGGCCCCUUCGCUGACAUCCCUGGUGCGACUGAACCCUAUCCGGCCUGGUCUUCGGAGCGCGAAAUACCCAUGUCAAUGGAGGAGAUAGAAGACAUCUUCUUGGAUCUUGCUCAAAAGUUCGGCUUUCAGAGAGAUUCCAUGAGAAAUAUGUUUGAUUUCUUGAUGCAACUCCUCGAUUCGCGAGCCUCGCGCAUGUCCCCUAAUCAAGCGUUGACUACGAUACACGCGGAUUACAUCGGAGGCCAUCACGCAAACUAUCGCAAAUGGUAUUUCGCUGCCCAACUUAAUCUUGACGAUGCAGUUGGACAGGCGCAGAACCCCGGUCUGCAGCGGCUUCGUAGCAUGAAAGGGAAAGUGCAAACUGCCAGCACCAAAUCGCUUGACAGUGCCCUGAAUAGGUGGCGCAAUGCGAUGAAUAACAUGAGUCAGUAUGACCGACUUCGUCAGGUGGCGCUUUGGUUACUGUGCUGGGCAGAAGCGGGCAACGUGCGCUUUACACCCGAAUGCCUGUGCUUCAUUUUCAAGUGUGCGGACGAAUAUUAUCGGAGCCCGGAGUGUCAAAACCGAGUGGACCCUGUACCCGAAGGACUUUACCUCGAAAGUGUAAUUAAACCGCUCUACCGCUUCAUGCGCGAUCAAGGAUACGAAGUCUCGGCGGAAGGUAAAUUUGUUCGAAGAGAGAAGGACCAUGACCAGAUUAUUGGGUACGAUGAUAUCAAUCAGCUUUUCUGGUAUCCAGAAGGUCUUGCUAAGAUCGUGCUCAAGGAUAAUACGCGAUUACUCAAUCUCCCUCCGGCACAACGCUAUAUGAAACUAGGCCAGGUCGCGUGGGAGCGUACAUUCUUCAAGACUUACUUUGAGAAGCGUUCGCUUGGUCAUCUUCUCAUCAACUUCAACCGCGUGUGGAUUUUGCAUAUUGCAGUGUUCUGGUUCUACACGGCUUACAACUCGCCUAAAGUAUAUACUGCUACGGGGAAAUCCAGUCCGUCAGCAGCGAUGACUUGGUCGGCGGUGGCUCUCGGCGGUGCCGUUGCUACCUCGAUCAUGAUUGCCGCGACGAUUGCUGAGUUCUCCUUCACCCCUACAUCGUGGAAUAACGCUUCGCAUCUGACAACCAGGCUCAUUUUCUUACUCGUCGUCCUCGCAUUGACUGGUGGACCUACUGUCUAUGUUGCCAUGGUUGAUGAUUCAGCAUCCAAUAUCCCACUGAUAAUCGGCAUUGUGCAGUUCUUUGUUUCUGUCGUCGCCACCGUCGCAUUCGGUAUUAUUCCCUCUGGUAGAAUGUUCGGUGAUCGUGUGGCCGGUAAAUCGCGCAAAUUUAUGGCCUCGCAGACGUUCACCGCGUCGUAUCCUACUUUGGGUGGCAGUUCGCGAUUCGCCUCGGUCAUGUUAUGGCUCCUCGUCUUUGGCUGCAAGUUCACCGAGUCGUUCUUCUUCAUGUCAUCAUCGUUCAGCGAGCCAGUCGCCGUGAUGGCACACACGAAGGUACAAGGAUGCAAUGACAAGAUUUUCGGAAACGCUCUUUGUUCUAACCAGGUGAUGUUUGCGCUAGCCAUCAUGUAUGUGAUGGAUUUGGUGUUAUUCUUCCUGGAUACCUACCUCUGGUACAUCGUCUGGGUCGUGGUGUUUAGCGUGUGUCGGUCUUUCUAUCUGGGAUUAUCGAUCUGGACCCCUUGGAAGGAGGUAUAUACGCGUAUGCCAAAACGGAUUUACGCCAAACUAUUGGCUACCGCUGAUAUGGAGGUAAAGUACAAACCGAAGGUUCUGGUCUCUCAAAUAUGGAACGCGAUCAUCAUCUCCAUGUACCGAGAGCAUCUGUUGUCGAUUCAUCAUGUCCAGCGAUUACUUUAUCACCAAGUGGAUGGGCCUCAAGGCCACCGUGUGCUUCGUGCGCCACCAUUCUUCACACACAACACCGGCAGGGAGAGCGAUUUCUUCCCGGCUGGAGGGGAAGCUGAACGCAGGAUCUCGUUUUUUGCUCAGUCUCUCACGACCGCGUUCCCAGAUCCUUUGCCUGUAGACUCAAUGCCGACCUUCACAGUACUCAUUCCCCAUUACUCGGAGAAGAUCUUGUUAAGUUUGCGCGAAAUCAUUAGAGAAGAGGAUCAGAACACUCGUGUCACGCUCUUGGAGUACUUGAAACAGCUGCAUCCUAUUGAGUGGGAUAACUUCGUCAAAGACACCAAGAUCCUCGCCGAUGAAAACUCCGCUACGAGUUCCUUUGACGGUGACCAUCCGAACGAGAAGCGUGACAGUCGGGCGGACGACUUGCCGUUUUAUUGUAUUGGUUUCAAGACAUCCGCACCAGAGUACACUCUUCGUACUCGUAUCUGGGCUUCGCUCCGGGUCCAGACUCUAUACCGUACGGUCUCUGGGAUGAUGAAUUACUCCAAGGCCAUCAAGCUCAUGUACCGAGUCGAGAACCCUCAGAUCGUACAGAGAUUUGUCGGUAACACCGACAGACUUGAACGGGAGCUGGAGCGUAUGUCUAGACGUAAGUUUAAGUUCGCCGUGUCAAUGCAACGUUAUGCGAAGUUCAAUAAGGAGGAAUUGGAGAAUGCCGAAUUCUUGCUACGUGCCUAUCCUGACCUCCAGAUCGCCUACUUGGAUGAGGAACCUGGUCAGAGGAGCGGAGAGUCUCGGAUAUUCUCUGUGCUCAUCGACGGACAUUCGGACGUGGACGAGAAGGGGAAGAGGAAACCUAAGUUCCGUGUUGAAUUGCCCGGAAAUCCUAUCCUUGGUGACGGCAAGUCGGACAAUCAAAAUCAUGCCAUCAUCUUUUACCGGGGAGAGUACCUCCAGCUCAUUGAUGCGAAUCAGGACAAUUACUUGGAAGAAUGCAUCAAGAUUCGCAACAUCCUUGGUGAAUUUGAGGAGUACUCUGUUUCCGGCCAGAGUCCGUAUGCACAGUGGGGCCACAAGGAGUUCCAGAAAGCUCCAGUUGCGAUCGUUGGCACCCGUGAAUACAUUUUCUCAGAGAAUAUUGGUGUACUAGGAGAUAUCGCCGCUGGGAAAGAACAGACGUUUGGCACCAUGACACCACGUGUGUUGGCGUGGAUCGGAGGCAAGCUUCACUACGGACAUCCUGACUUUUUGAAUGCCACCUUCAUGGCCACGCGAGGCGGUGUUUCCAAAGCUCAGAAGGGUUUGCAUUUGAACGAGGAUAUCUUUGCUGGUAUGAACGCGAUCGGUCGUGGCGGUCGAAUCAAACACUCUGAAUACUAUCAGUGCGGAAAGGGGCGCGAUCUCGGAUUUGGUACCAUCUUGAAUUUCCAGACGAAGUUGGGUACUGGUAUGGGUGAACAAAUGCUCAGCAGAGAGUACUACUACUUGGGUACCCAACUACCGCUUGAUCGAUUCCUCACAUUCUAUUACGGUCAUCCUGGUUUCCAUAUCAAUAAUAUUCUGGUCAUGUACUCAAUUCAGGUCUUUAUGGUCACUUUACUUUUUAUUGGCACCUUGAACAAGGAGCUCGCUGUUUGUGCCACCGGUUCCUCUGGAGACGUUCUACCGGGAGAGACUGAUUGCUAUGUUCUCACUCCUGUCUUCAGUUGGAUCAAGCGAUGCAUCAUAUCCAUCUUCCUCGUCUUCUUCAUUGCUUUCUUGCCACUAUUCUUGCAAGAACUACUGGAAAGAGGGACCGGUAAAGCACUAAUCCGACUCGGGAAGCAGUUUUUAUCUCUCUCUCCUAUCUUCGAAGUCUUCUCGACUCGGAUUUAUUCACAGUCCAUUCUCAGCAAUCUGACAUUUGGCGGUGCUCGAUAUAUCGCAACUGGACGAGGCUUCGCCACUACACGUAUUUCCUUCACUAUUCUCUACUCUCGCUUCUCCGGACCGAGCAUCUACAUGGGCAUGCGCAACGUUCUCCUUCUUCUCUACGCAACUAUGGCUGUCUGGACGCCGUUUCUCAUUUAUUUCUGGUUCUCAGUGCUGUCAAUCUGUAUCGCGCCUUUUGUGUUCAACCCGCACCAGUUCUCCUUCUCAGACUUCAUCAUCGAUUACCGCGAAUUUUUGCGCUGGAUGUCCCGUGGAAACUCUAGACAUAAAGCAAGUAGCUGGCAUGGUUAUUGCCGUCUCUCCCGCACUAUGAUUACUGGUUACAAGAAGAAGAAGCUUGGACAUCCUUCAGAAAAGCUCUCCGGUGACAUGCCCCGUGCCAGGUGGCGGACUGUCCUCCUCUCCGAAAUCAUAUGGCCUAUCUGCCUUGCAAUCAUUUUCAUAAUUGCAUACAUGUUCGUCAAGUCGUUCCCCCAGAAUGGCAAGCAGAAUCCUAGUGCUUUGAUCCGAAUUCUCGUGAUUUCGAUCGGUCCAGUCGUGUGGAAUGCGGCAAUUCUUCUGGUGCUAUUCUUUAUAUCCCUAUUCCUGGGUCCCAUGAUGUCUUCGUGGACUAAAUUUGCAUCGCUCAUUGCCGCGCUUGCGCAUCUCCUUGCUUUGGUCGGGCUCGUUGCGUUCUUUGAGUUCUUUUGGUUCUUGGAGCUGUGGGAUGCUUCUCAUGCUGUGCUGGGUGUCAUUUCGAUCGUAGCUGUCCAGCGCGCCAUUCAGAAGAUACUGAUAUCUGUCUUCCUUUCCCGUGAGUACAAGUCCGACGAAACAAAUAUCGCCUGGUGGUCCGGAAAGUGGUAUGGGAGAGGUCUAGGUAACUCGGCGUUCUCCCAGCCUGCCCGCGAGUUCCUCGUGAAAAUCGUCGAGAUGUCAUUGUGGAGCUCAGACUUUUUGAUUGCCCAUAUCCUUCUGAUUCUCAUGACCCCACCGAUCUUCAUCCCCUUUGUGGACAGGAUACAUUCCACAAUGAUGUUCUGGGUUCGACCAUCUAAGCAGAUCCGUCCACCCUUGUUCUCGAACAAGCAGAGGAGACAGCGUCGUUGGAUUGUGAUCAAGUAUACGUUCGUCUAUAUCACUGUUAUCGCUUUCCUCGCUGCGAUGGUUGUUCUUCCUGUGGUGUUCCGCGAUCGCAUUACAUUAACCUUGUCCAAAAACGCGAUCACAUGGUCUGUGAUUGACGACGCGCUUGCCGCUGGCCACUCGACCGACUUCGAGUUCCGCUCGCUCUCGUUCGUGAUGAGUCGACCCAUUCAUCUAUGGAGACCACAAGUUACACUUACUUCGGAUGAAGCCUGUACGACUGUUUUGAAAUAUGCACUCCCAUCACUUGCGCCACCCCCGCCCUACCAAUCCACGCCAAGCACCCGACGGAAACUCUCAUUCAUCCCAUCACUUGCAUACUUUUGUAUUCAGAGAUUGCUGGAGUAUCCAGACCAGAUACAUACUUUGGGUCCUGUUCGAUUGCACUAUCAAAAACCAUCAUCCUCUGAAGCAUACGACAUCAUUCGUGCCUUGAUACCUAGCUAUCGCCCCAACAGGCCGCUCAAUUUAUCGCAGGUCGACCCUCGACUCUGGGCGCUGCUAAUUCAACUAUACCCUGAGCUCCCAUCCUCGUUCCGAACAUAUACGCUCCCUCUUACGGAUAACCAUCUACCGCUACUCCAGCGUAUCCCAUCCACGCCAGACUUCGCCCUGUUGACCAUUCUUGAACUGCCAAGAUGCAGCGAAUUAACAGAUGACACUGUCAUUGAGCUGAAAGAUUUGCACGGAUUAUGUGCAUUUGAUGCUAGUGGGACCGCGCUCAGUGCCUGGGGAAUCAAAAGGCUAUCAAAAACACUUUCUUUCGCGACCCCCGAUGAGAUCCAAGCAGGCCAUCGCGCCUCAUUGAGGAUAGGCCCAUGGGGAAUACGAAUUUUGAUUCUCCGUAAUUGCAUGAACGUCAACAAUGAGGUAUUUGACCACCUCGUCGAGUUCCCUCUGCUCAGUGUUGUAGAUUUAAGAGGUACCCGCUGUAUACGAGGAAUUGCUAGCCCCUUCAAACCAUGCAGUGAACCUGCAUUUUUUCAUCCCUCAUCGCUGGCUAAUGCACUGUCGCACCUGACGUCUGUUGCUACUUCAUCUAACCUCUAUUCGCACCCCAAUCCGUAUACCAUUCGGAUCAAAGACCUCUAUUACAAAAGGGGAACACCUAUGGCGAGGUAUUCUUCUCAACUCGACCCAAUUUUAGGUUACCAGCCUAUUGCAAGUGGUAGGAUGGAUGUGUUCUUGCCGUAUAAGCCUCCCCAACCUCAUCUCCCAGAUGCUUGGCCUUGCAGUGCAGAUAGUCUGUAUGAGAGCCCCCUUCAAUGGGAUAAUACGAGUCCAGAUGAGCAAUCCACCGGAGAGGAGGAAGGCGAGGAAGGCGAGGAAACCGACCUUAGUAAGUUUGAUAUCAAGGAUGAAGAGGGUGCAUCAUCAUCCCCUUGCGAACAGACAUUAGUCGAAUUGGUGAAUUCAGCUGCUACCAUCGAGUCACGCCUCAUGGCUACGCAUCGAUCCACUGUGCGAUUCUACGGGAGUUCUGGUGCUCAUCGACGGAACAGUUCUCUUCCAGGGCCUCCAGAGAUUGACAAGUGUAUCAAUUCGACAUCUGGAAAUCCCUUCAUGCUAUUCCGGCCACCUCCCUCAUGGAACUCACUGCCGCAGCCGAAUGGGGAUCAACGAGCAAGAAAGCGGCUGAAAGGCAAUGCAAUACUAGAGGGACAAGAUCUUGUCGUCGACGUAAGGAAAGAUGCACACGUCAAACAGGAGAUGAGUGGCAUUCGCGACGCGCUAGCGGCGCGUCGCAGGGUGGCUGUGCAAACCUCGAGUACUCACAAAUGCAAAUGCCCGGAGGGAAGACAAUCGAUUCAGUCCGCCUCCUCUAAUCCAUUCCUCCGCAAAUUCCGGCAGCCCAGAGCUAAAACUCCAUUGAAAAAGGAAAUCAAGUCCGCAAAUUCUGCUGCAAAAACCACUAUUUACACAGAUGCGGAUACUGCUUCUGGCAAAAAGAUGGAUGCACUUGCCGGGAGUAAACCCCUCAAACCAAUUUCGCGGCUCACGAUCCCUCGGCUACCUCCUGCUAUCAGUCCAGCCCCGACCUUAUCAUCCAAGACAAGCGAUGGAGUGCAAAGGCGUACACAAACGACUUUGCCGGAAUUGGUGCGAUCGACGAGUAUAGCACCCUCAAACGCGGCUGAACGACAAAUAGACAAGAUCAAUUCCCGCAAAGUUGGGGCUAAACCGAAAGACUCGGGAAUGAACGGGGUGAAAGGACAACGGACAAAUUUCGACUGGAAGCGUUGGGGAGGGGGAUCCAACGAUGGCAAAGUUUCCUAG